ACCCGGGUGUGCCGCCUUUGGCGAGCCGUCGCAUAUUCAACGACAGGAAUCUGGUCGCACAUCAAAGUUGGACUUCCCAGGAAUUUCCCAUUAAAGCCAUUCCUUCCAUCACUGCUUCGGUCUUGGCUCGCUUGGUCUGGCAGUCAGCCUCUUACCAUUCGCAUAGAAUGUAUUUCCCCCUCAGAUUAUGGUCACCUUUGUACCCAAAUACUCAACUGCUCGAAAUACUUUUUGCUGAAACGACGCGUUGGGAAACAGUGUUCGGCAUGUGCGACGUAUUCGAACGGAGCGAGAACUUCAACGCACCCCAGUUGAGAACCCUGCAGUGUAGCUGGCCAUUGGAUGUCACCAGAUUCAAUGCGCCAAACCUCUGUCGCAUACGUUUCGGUUCAUUGUCGGCUGUCAUUCGAUCUAGACCCACUGCUACCUGCAAAAAUAUACGUCAUCUCUACAUCCAGAGGGCUCCAGUCGCUGUCAUACACUCCUGUUUAUCGUUUUUUCCUCACGCGGAGACCCUCGUGACAGAUUACAUUCCACCAAAUUUGGACUCCGGGAGCCACCCGACCACAUACUCUCGCCUUGAAUCGAUGACUAUUCCCAUAUUCUAUUAUCCUUAUCCUCGUAUCGACACAUUCCGUGAACUUCGCCUUCCGAUGUUGCAGAAAUUGAAUGUGGUUGGGAAUCCAGACACACCAGAGGUGAAGGGCAUUGCGACGGCGCUUGCAGAUGCAGGGUCUUGCAAUAUACAAGUAGUAGACUUUCGGCCGUGUUUUUGGGCGAGUGCGCGGCGGAACAACGUUUAUAUUGAUGUCGAGCCGUUGCUCUCAGUAGCGCGAGAGGUUGCUAUCUGCGGGGAAGUGGUAGCACGCAGGACACUGGCCACUACAUAAUUUGGAACUUGUGGGGGACAGUUGGGUCCGAGUCUGCAUUUUCCGUGUGUAGUUAUAACAUAAUCGAAGGGAUCUAAAUCUAUCUACUAGGAUAUCUAUGAAAGUUGUUAGUGGCUCACUGACCGAAAGCGAGGCGUCAGCGUACCCAUAAUACCGACUUGGGCCAACUAUCUGGAUAUCUGCUGCCAAGACCAUAGUACUAAUUGGCAGUUAAAAUGAGGUUCUAGGCUUGAUAAUGGCCUACAUGGGCCCUGGGCCUGACUCAUCCCUUCAAAAUCGUGCAUCGGCGUUAUGGGUGCAGUGAGCGGUCCAAGAUGGAUUCAAA